AUGGCCGACAGUGGCGCUGCGCCAGUGCCGGGCUCCAAGGGCGAUAUCUAUGAUGCACCGACCAUGACACACGCUGAGAGCAGCGAAACACAGGCUAAAUGGAAGUCCUUCAAGAACGCCGACGGCGAUACUGCCAUGGCGCUUUUCGAUGACCCGGCCGAGCUCCAUGAGCCUAUCGACCCAGGCGAGGCCAGAAGAAUUCUGUGGAAGAUUGAUCUUAUGAUUCUCCCGUAUCUGGCUGUUUGCUAUGCCUUCUUCUAUAUUGAUAAAACAACCCUUAGCUAUGCCGCGAUCUUCGACAUGCGAGAAGAUCUCGACCUACAUGGCACUCAAUACAAUUGGCUGAGCAGUAUUUUCUAUUUUGGCUUUCUUGCCUGGGCAUUUCCCACCAAUUUCCUUCUGCAACGUCUUCCGAUCGGUAAAUAUCUCGGAGUCAAUAUUUUCUUGUGGGGUUUCUUCCUCAUGCUCCAGGCAGCAUGCAACAGUUUCGAAACACUUUCGGUCCUUCGCGCGCUAGGUGGUGCUGCGGAGGCAUGCUCCGAUCCGGCCUUCCUGUUAAUCACCAGCAUGUGGUAUACCCGUCGUGAGCAGCCCGUUCGAAUCGGCCUUUGGUAUACUGCAAAUGGAAUCGGUAUUGCUCUGGGCGGUCUCCUCGGCUACGGUAUAGGUCAUAUCCGUGGUGCGCUGCCUUCGUGGAAAUACGAAUUUCUCGUGAUUGGUGCAUUGUGUGCUUCAUGGGGUAUCGUCAUGUUCAUCUUCCUUCCUGAUUCCCCAGUUACUGCGCGUGGCCUUACAAAUCGCGAGCGUCGGAUCGCCGUGGACCGCCUCCGGGGGAACCAAACCGGUGUCGAGAACAAGCACUUGAAGCCUUAUCAGAUUCUCGAAGCUUUCAUGGACUACAAGCUUUACAUGUUUUUCAUUCUUGGUGUUGUCUGCAAUGUCCCCAACGGCGGGAUCUCCAACUUCGGGACCAUCAUUAUCCACGGGUUCGGAUUUUCUACCCUCGUCACAACAUUAAUGCAGAUUCCCUAUGGCGUGCUCAUCGCCUUGUCCAUAUUAGCAUGCGUCUUUCUAAACGAUCGCUUCGAGAACAAACGAUGCAUCUUCGUACUAAUCUUCCUCAUUCCCAACUUGGCUGGCUCAUUCGGGCUCCGUUUUGUCCCAACUCAGCAUCAUGUUGGCCGGCUGAUCUGCUAUUACCUGACCGGACCGUAUAAUGCUGCGUUCGUGCUUGUCUUAAGUAUGCAGAUCGCAAACACAGCAGGCCACACCAAAAAGGUCGUCACUAACGCAGUCCUUUUCCUUGGCUACUGCACCGGCAAUAUUGCGGGACCGUUCUUCUACAAGACCGAUCAAUCACCAACAUAUGAGCUCGGAAUUUGGUCAAUGAUUGUUUCACACUUGAUUGAGGCUGUACUCAUCUCUACACUCGGUUUACUUCUUCGCUGGGAGAACAAGAAGCGUGAUCGUAUCCAAUCUCAGAUGGAGGGCGGUUUAGAAGGACGAGAUCUAGAUUCAACUGCUUUCCUGGACUUGACUGAUCGUGAGAACUUGAAUUUCCGAUACAUAUAUUAA